GCUGCUGCUGCCUCUCCAAGCUGGGGCCUUCAAAGGUGUUGUAGGGCCUCGAGCCUCUGAAGGAGGUGUCUUAUGAAGGCUGGAGGCGUGGGAGACAAGGGGAGAAAAGUGGCGUUAACGAGGAGAAGCAUCGCUCCUCCGGCAGCCGCGGCGAGUCACUAUUAUCCAACCGCGAAUUAUCCCAAUACCACAGGCAGUCCCGGGCGCUGAUUGGCCUGUGUCGCCGCGACCCGCGCUCUCAUUGGUCAACACCACGGGGGAUUAGGUGUGUAUGCAUUGUUCGUGUAAAUAGUGUUGAAAUGAUUACAGGUCCCGGGCGGCGGUAUAAACGAAAUAAGCAGUGUCGCGGGCCGGCCAGUCGCUAGGUGUGGCCUGAGCUUCGCGGAGGCCGCCCGGCGUGUAUCUGAGUGUGUGAGUGCGUGAGUGACACUCCAGUGACGCCGCCAUGAUGGAGCGCUCCCUCAAGUCUGCCUCGCCGCCUCCCCCGCCGCAGGACCCCCAACACAGCCCGCCGCCGCUCCCGCAGAUGGAGACGCAGCUGUCGCCGACGACGGGCCCGCCGCCCGGCCGCUCCUCCCGCGUGUACACCAUCGAGGACAUCCUGGGCCGCCCGCAGCCGCAGGAGUCCUCAGCGCCGCAGGUCAACGCCAUCGACAGUCAAGCUGCAGAGUCAGCGACGAGCGUGGGCAGCCCCGAGGUGUCCCCCAAGACCGAGGGGGAGAUGGUCACGUCCCCUGAGUGCCACGACCAGCACUCGGACCCCUUCGACCCCGAGAAGCCCCGCAAGGUGACCCUCACACGUUCUUAUCGCCCUCAGGUCCGUCGUUCCCGUACCACCUUCACCACCUACCAACUGCACCAGCUGGAGCGCGCCUUCGAGAAGACCCAGUACCCCGAUGUGUUCACCCGCGAGGAGCUGGCCAUGAGGCUUGACCUGUCCGAGGCACGCGUCCAGGUGAGCCACACAGGUUAAUUGUUGUC